AUGGAUCGAAUCCCCAGCCCCCAAAACCCUAGCCAGCACCCAGCGGAGCGAGCCAUCGCCAUGGACUCCUCCGACGAGGAGUGGGUCGUCCUCGACCCCGACAACCCCGCCGAGUCCUCGGACGACGACUGCGGCGUCCUCGCGCUCCCCGCCUCCACCUCCCCCCUCUCCCUCUCCUCCUCCGACGACGAGGACGGCGACGACGACGACGGCCUGCAGUCGGCGGGCGAGGAGGACGAGGAGGAGGACCCGUUCGAGGUGGACGAGGACGGCGACGACGACGGCCUGGAGUCGGCGGGCGAGGAGGACGAGGAGGAGGACCCGUUCGAGGUGGACGAGGACGAGGACGCGUCGCCGGCGCGGCUCACGCGGCCGCUCUCGGGCAUGUUCCACCACACGCCCCUCGACUCGGUCGCCUACGCGGCCUUCGACCCCGUGCGCAGCGCCAAGCAGCUCAUCCCGGACCCGGCCUUCUCCGCCUUCCCGGAGCGGGUCUCGGUGCUCGCCUCGGCGCGCGGCCUCGUCUGCCUCCGCGGCUGCGCCACCGGCUUCUACUACGUCGCCAACCCGCUCACCUUCCGCCGCGUGCGCCUCCCCUACCACAACCGCGACCACCGCCUCGACGCCGACCCCGCCGUCGUCAUCGCCUUCGAGGACGACGACGACGACGACGACGCCGGCUUCCGCCACUACCACGUCGUCGUCACCUACCAGGUCCACGACGGCGUCUGGGCCGUCGAGUCCUUCUCCACCCGCAUCUGGGACUGGCGCGUCGGGGACGACAUCUGCGCGCCCGAGACGGUCGUCGCCCAGUCCGGGGUCGGCGCGCGGGGCCGCGCCUUCUUCCGCACCACCAUCGGCCACAUCCUCUGCUACACGCCGGAGACGGGCUGCGUCGACCUCAUCCCCGCGCCCCGGGAGGUCGAGGGCCGCAAGGACUGGGAGAUCGGCGAGAUGGAGGGCAACUUCUGCGUCGCCUGCGUCGACAAGGACGCCAAGGAGGUGGCCGUGCUCUACAUGGUGCCCGGCGACGCCGCCGACCAGGUCACCUGGGCCUGGGCCGGCCAGUUCCACGCCAACAAGAUGGGCUACCACGACAGGAUGACCCUGCUCCGCUCCCAGGGCGCCGCCGAGGUGGUCAUGUGGGAUCCUCUCGAGCAGCUCGUGCUCGCCGUCGACUUCGAUGGCAGGGUCACCCGCUCCAUCGGCCCCCUCUCCGGCGGGAUGUACUACUCGGAUUUCAUCCCCUACGUCAACUCAUACGCCGACAUCUACAGCGAGGAGGGGGUGGGAUCUGUGUUCAAGACGAAUGAUGAAGCCGUGACAUUCAAAGUUCCACAAGCGUCUGUCAAAGCAGAAAUUGAUUCCAACUAAAUCUGUACUCCCUCCGUCCGAAAAUACUUGUCAUCAAAAUGGAUAAAAAGAGAUGUAUCUCGAACUGAAAUACGUCUAGAUACAUCCCCUUUUAUCCAUUUUGAUGACAAGUAUUUCCGGACGGAAGGAGUACCAAAGAAAGGAAAGGAUUUGUUGAUGAUGGAGAAGGAUUAAUGAAGCUUCCAGAUGUGUGCAGCAUAAGGGAGAGCUAUAUAGAUAGAUAGAAGAAGCAUCAUUCUUUGGAUGGCAGUUUUUGCCUGCCUGCUUUGCUACAUAUAAGCAUUCUCGUGCAGUUUCUCUGGUCAUGCAAAACUACGCGUUUUUCUUUUCUAAGGGACGAAGCUACUGGGUGUUUUUGUCUGCCAUGUACAUACAUCGUUGGUUAGAUGCAGACUCUGCCCCCGUCUGUCGUGGAACAUGAUCUUAAUUGCUAAAUCAGAAACUAUCAUCUGGUGUCCUUUUGACACCAUUUUAGCAAAUUUCUGGAUGCCUU